UCGGGGACCCACUGUCGCUUAGCUAAGCUUUUCGGCUCGUCGGUGGAGACCGACCCUAGCACAGUGCUGGUGAGCCUCAUGACUUUUCUGGUUGGCCACGAAAGGUCGACACCCGUCUGCUAUCGCCGUUGAAACCAGCAGCCACAUACUAUCUCCAGUCUGGUUGCGCAACAACCACCUUUCCGUUUGCAAUCCACGAGUCGUCGUCGUCAUCGUCAUCAUCAUCGCCGCCUUCGUCUUCGAAACCCUAUAUUCUUGAUACGCCUGACUGCAAGCCCUGCAUAUCGAUUUCCAGUAAGCAUACAAACGGCUGCCAAGAUGGAUGCCGCGACCAUCGAGGAGACGAAUCGCAUUCGCGUUUCGCUGGGCAUGAAACCGUUGCCAGUGCCUGGUGCCGCCCCAACUCAGUCGCAACGCGACAACUCCGCUUCAGAUGACGAGGAUGCGCCGAGUACCCUCGAGAGCCGUUCGGCGCAAGCGUACGAAAACUACCAAAAAGUCCGCGAUGCCGAAGCUGCCAAGCGCAAACGAGAAGAGCGGGCCGCCGCUGCGAAAAGGGAAAGGGAGGCUGCGCAGCGUCAUGCCAUUCUCGAGGGAAAGAGCCUUGGCGAAGCAGAGGAUGCCGACGUGGAUGCGAAGGCUUGGUUGAAGGCCCAGAAGAAGCGGCAGAAGGCCAUCGACAAGGCGAGGAAGUUGGAAGAAGAGCAGGCUGCUGCUGAAGCUGCUGCGCUGGCGGCUGUCGAGUACACCUCGAAGGAUUUGGCCGGUGUGAAGGUUGCGCACGAACUCGACAACUUUCUCGACGGCGAUGAGCAGAUCUUGACCCUUAAGGACGCCACCAUCGAUCAAAACGAAGAGGAGGGCGAUGAGCUCGAAAACAUGGACCUUAGGGCUAAGGAGAAGCUGCAAGAAAACCUGGACCUCAAGAAGAAGAAACCAGCAUACGACGUGUUCGCUGCUGCAGACGAAGGGGCAGAGCGCGGCAUCCUGGCUCAAUACGAUGACGAGAUCUACGGGAAGAAAGGCAAGAAGUUCACCCUCGACGGUUCGGGUGCGAUUGCAGAACUGGGCGACAUUUUGGGGGCGCCGGAGAAAUCGAAGAAACUGCAAAACAUCGAUCUCGAUGCUAUUCAGGAUACCCCUACUUCAGAUUACCUUGACAUUUCCGAGAUCAAGGUGAAGAAGCCCAAGAAGAAGAAAUCUAAGUCAACUCGGCAGAAGCCCGUUGAUGAGGAUGAUAUUUUCCCCAUCGAUACAGCACCAACUGGCGACGAUAUGAUGGACCUUGACUCCGGCGCGGCUGUGCUACAAAAGAAGCGCAAGAUUGAGGAUGACACGUUUGUUGAUGACGAGGACUUACAGGCGUCUCUGGCCAUCCAGCGUAAGAACGCUCUGAAGAAGAGAAAGAGGGCCCGCCCCGAGGACAUAGCUCGGCAGCUAAGAGAGCAAGUUGACGAGCCAGGCGAGGCUCAAACGGGCGGCGUAGUGAUUGACGAGAUCUCCGAGUUCGUGUCCAACCUAAAGAAGCCAGAGGAGGAGGAACGUAAACCAAAGAGGCCAAAGUCUAUGUCAGUGGAGCCCGUCACGGCGAUGGAUGUCGAGUCUGGCGACGAAGAUCACCCCAUGGGUGAAGAUGACAUCCAUGAGGCAUUGGAAGACAGGACGAGGGAAGACUCCGCCGAUAUUGCGGCGACAGGAGUCGACGAGGAGAAGACGAUGAACACAGGCAUGGGGUCGACCUUGGCGCUGUUGAGAGAACGCGGCAUUCUCAAGGAUGCUCGCGGUGCGGAGCUGAACAUGAGCCAGCGCCAGAAGGCCGAGUUUUUGGCAGAAAAGAGACGCAUCGAGCGGGAGCAAGAGGAGCGGACCAAAUCCCAGCGCGAGCGCGACAGGAACAGCGGUCGACUGGACGCCAUGUCCACCAGGGACAGGGAGGAACGCGCUCGGCAGGCCAACGCCCACCGCGAACUGCAGCAGUCCCGUGUUGUCGACGAACUCUUCAAGAAGCACUACAAGCCCAAGGUAGAACUCAAGUACGUGGACGAUCACGGCCGGUCCCUCGACCAGAAGGAGGCCUUCAAGCACAUGAGUCACCAGUUCCACGGCAAGGGCAGCGGAAAGGGCAAGACCGACAAGCUUCUGAAGAAGAUCGAGGAGGAGAAGCGACGCGAGGCCAAGCCGACCUUUGACGCCAGCGAAAACGCAAACAUGAGCUCAUCAUCGGCGAAGCGGCAGGCCGGUGUUCGAUUACAAUAAAUGGCUAUCGGGAUGAAGGUCGGGGACCAGGAAAAAGACAUCCGGUUGGUUUUUCCUACUUUUCCUCGUCAUCCAUUCCCACCUAAAGGCUGAAUGAAGUACAAGUCGUACUCCAGGCUCCCUUGCAUGCCCCCCCCUUGUCCCUCCAUAGUUGCGGUUGAAGUCAUCACUCACUGUUCCGUAUAUCAUUGGAUCAGAGCCGAGUGGCUCCCAUCUUGUCGUUACGGAUGGCCCAGCAGACUCUCCCAGCUCCACCGAGGCUGUCGAUGCGGUUCGUCGUUCCGUUGCGCAGCAGGUGCUUCACUUUCACCGCUCAGGCUCUCGUAUUCCCUCUGCGCUUCCUCGAUCAACCUGAAUAUGUCGUCCAUGUCGAACGCUGACGGUGUCCGUUUCGGCGAUGCGCCAAGCUCGGGACCCGGGUCGCUGCUCUGGAUCGCGUCCUUGAUCUCCAGCAUGAGGUCCUCCAUCAGCGGCGAGACGCAGGGUGAAAAGUCCGACGAGUACUCGGACGAGAACUCAGACGAGGCGAAGGAGAGCGGGCUGUCGGGCUUGUUGCUGCUACCAUGGCUCGGCUGACGCUUCAGGGGCGUGACGCUGCGGCUCGUUGGCGGCGGCGGCGUUGGUGUCGGCGUCGUGUCGUUACUUUGCGUUCGACACCGCUGUUGCAGCCGCGCGCGUCUCUGGUCCCGCCGAGUUCUGAUGAUAUCCCGUACGAGGUUCACGUGGAGUUCGUGGUCCAUACCCGCUGCCGGUGACCCGCGUGCCCCUUGUGUGAAAAUGCCUGAGUGCGCGUUGGUCAUCGUUCCCGACCUUGCGGUGCCGGUACCGGUGCCGGUGCUGUUCAUCGUGUGUUGUGCACUGUUUUGGUCUUGAUGCAAGGUAGAGAAGCUCGACGAUGAGCCCUGUUCGUGAAGACUAAGCCAGGCGUGCGUCUACAGGCUGAGAAAGAGAUGUCCACGCUAGAUAAGAUGGGCGAGUAAGUGCGGAUCCUGAGGAUGGCAAGAGACAGCCGUGGAUAUGUACCUGUAGAGCUUGCUCACCAGCAUCACACCUUUGCUCUGGGCCCUCUUGUGCUCCUUCCCGAUCUACCGGCUCAGUGUCGAAAACGGGAAAUGGCUUCCUUCUAGCCGUGUUUGGUCCUCUCCCCCACCUACUCGUCGAGGCCUGGAGGCUUUUCGGCUCUUGGGCAACACUUUGCCUCCUCGGUCAGCUAUCCAACCCGCGCGGCGCUGCUGAGGUGCCCGUGGCAAGCGCUGCUAAUCCUGGAAACGGUGCUGAUUGGGGACAAAGGACCCUUUUUUGCCAUGUGGCGUCGGCCUGGGUUUAGGCGGAGCUAUGAGAUAGCGCGGGAUGGUUGAGAGUAGGAGGAUAUUACACGUGCGAUCUUCUCUUCUGGUUCGGUCGAGUCUUGUCGCUCUCCGUUUCUCUCACCAAAAAAAGAUUAGUGAGCGAGGAGAAAAGAAGAAGCGUGGGAAGAGACGGGUAAAAAGGAAAUGUCGCUGUUGAGGAUCUGUCGAUGCCUCACACUCACACACACGCACGCACACGCUCUCCCUUCCACCUUUCGGUCUACGAAACGUCCGUGUUUUUGUGUCCUUUCGCAUGAGAGAAGAAGACGCCUGUUCCUGUAUCAUGAUGUGCCUUGCGUUGCUCUAUGUUCUAGGUCUGAGUCUCCCUUGAAUGCCAAUAAAUACUCUCCCGGGCGACCUUUAAUCUCCAGGAAACCCCGUAACUCCGCUGGCCAGUUCGCAUUCCAAUGCCCCCUUUAUCCCCUCAUUCCCCUUCAUCACAACCCCAAGAUCGAUCCUCCUUGUUUGAGAAGACGGGUUUACGACACCAACGUAACACGAACUGGCUUUUUGCUGGGCUGAGCCGUAGCAAGGGGCGAAUUGGCAGCGGAUAUUCAUCCCCCUCAACGUCAUCAUCGCGAGGUGUUGUUUGAUGUCGGCAGGUCCCAAUGUCCGCAACGCCACGCGCUCCAUUGGCAUUCCCGCCCGAUCUCGUACAAUUGCGCCUUCUGUCUGCAGACGACGGACCUUUCCGUGGGUUCCUCCCAGGGCGCUUCCCAAAACGUCUCAGUAACC